AGGGUAGCAAAAUUGCAAUAUCAGCAGUGGCACGUGCGAUAGCAAACCUAAAGAGACGAGAGAAGCGGAAUCUGAAUCGACACAGCCGUUUCUGUGUUUUGUUACUCUCUCAACCCACGCCGACCUAACUGCAGCGAAAACAUCAUCGUCCACUGUUAGUUUUUGAAUGUCUGAUUCGGAUGAGUUUCGUUGCUUCAUUGGUGGCCUUGCAUGGUCAACCUCGGAUAGAAAGUUAAAGGAAGCAUUUGAAAAGUAUGGCAAGCUUCUUGAGGCUAAGGUUGUGGUUGACAAGUUCUCUGGGCGCUCUCGUGGUUUUGGGUUUGUCACCUUUGAUGACAAGGAAGCCAUGGAAGAGGCUAUUGAGGCCAUGAAUGGAAUUGACUUGGAUGGUCGAACUAUUACUGUAGAUAAAGCCCAACCUCAAGGAAAUAGAGACGAUGAUGAUCGUCGAGGUGGUCGUGACUCACGUGAUCGCAAUCGUGGCCGAGAUUAUGGAGGUGGUCGAGGGUCUAAUGGUGGUGAAUGCUUCAAGUGUGGUAAACCUGGUCAUUUUGCAAGAGAAUGUCCUAGUGAAGGAGGAGAAAGAGGGGGAAGAUAUGGUGGCCGAGAAAGUAGAUAUAGUGGUGGCUAUGGUCCUGAAAGGAAUGGCGGUGGUCGCGACCGUGAUGGUGGCGGUCGUGACAGGGAUGGCGGUGGACGUGACAGGGAUGGUGGUCGUGACAGGGAUGGUGGUGGACGUGAUAGAGAUGGUGGUGGACGUGACAGGGAUGGUGGCGGUCGUGACAGGGAUCGUGCUGGACCGUAUGAGCGUCGUGGAUCGUCAGGAGGUUAUCGUUGAUACAUUUAGCUUCAUUGAGUUUUCGAAUUGAAGGGUUGCUGUUACUGCCUCAACUUUUUCUUUUCAUUACAAUGUUUUGGAUUUUUUUAUGGAUGUAUGAUACCGUGUUUUGACGUGCAAUACUUGGAACAUAUAUCAAAACUCUUUUAUGUUCAUAACUGUUAAUCGUUAGUUCAAUUGAAA